AUGGAUAUUCUGGCGAUAUGUGAAGCAAACAAUGUUCCUCUAACACCCAUAACGUUCUUGAAGAGAGCUUCGGAAUGUUACCCCAACCGAACUUCCAUAAUCUACAAACAAACUCAUUUCACUUGGCCCCAGACCUAUGACCGUUGCUGUCGACUGGCCGCCGCUCUUCUCUCUCUUAAUAUCACCCGAAACGAUAUCGUCUCGAUUUUGUCCCCAAACGUACCUGCCAUGUACGAGAUGCAUUUUGCCAUUCCAAUGACAGGGGCCAUACUGAAUCCUAUUAACACCCGUCUAGACGCUAAAACCAUAGCCAUCAUCUUACGCCAUGCCCAGCCAAAGAUCUUAUUCGUGGACCAUGAGUUUGCUCCUUUGACCCAAGAAGUCCUCCAUCUCCUACCGUUUGACGACUCAAAACCUAAGCCACUAAUCAUAUUCAUUAAUGAUAUGGAUUCCACUACAAAACAUUCCUCUAAGGAGUUAGACUACGAGGGUCUCAUCCGUAGAGGAGAUCCUACGCCAUCCUUGUCCACAAGUAUGUUCUGUGUCCGUAACGAGCAUGAUCCUAUUUCUUUGAACUACACGUCUGGCACAACAGCAGACCCAAAAGGUGUGGUGAUUAGCCACCGAGGAGCGUACUUGAGCGCUUUGAGCACGAUUAUGAACUGGGAGAUGAAGCUUUCACCGGUUUACCUCUGGACCUUGCCUAUGUUUCAUGCCAAUGGAUGGUCGCACACAUGGGCCGUGGCUGCGCUUGGAGGCACCAAUGUAUGCUUAAGGAACGUCACUGCUCCAGAGAUCUAUAAGAACAUCAGUUCUUAUGGCGUUACACACAUGUCUUGUGUUCCUACUGUCUUGAAAUUUCUCCUAGAAGGAGACCGGAAUGACCGGUCACACAGGUCACGGCCGGUUCACGUUUUGACAGGAGGUUCAUCCCCACCCGCUGCACUUCUUAAGAAGGUAGAGCAGUUGGGCUUCCAAGUGUUGCAUGGCUAUGGGCUUACGGAGACCAGCGGACCCGUAUAUCUCUAA